GUGGGCAGGGCCGCAGGGGCGGGACUUCCUGUCUGGGAGAUUUCUCGCUCUCAGGAAGAACCCAGACACAGAGCCCCCGGGUAACCUGGUGAGUCUGACGUCCCCCAAGUUGAUUGUUAAAUCUGUUCAGAAGAUGGCUGAUCCUUGGCAGGAAUGCAUGGAUUAUGCAGUAACCCUAGCAAGACAAGCUGGAGAGGUGGUUCGUGAAGCCAUAAAAAAUGAAAUGAAUGUCAUGAUUAAAAGUUCUCCAGCUGAUUUGGUAACUGCUACUGACCAAAAAAUUGAAAAAAUGCUGAUCUCUUCCAUAAAGGGAAAGUAUCCAUCUCACAGGUAUUUUUUAUUUUAUAAUGGUGAAAAAUACUCAGGUUUGGUAAAGGAAACUUUUUUCCUUCUGCAGAUGGAAUUUGGAGUUGUAUACAGUUGUUUGGAGGAUAAGAUGUAUACUGGCAGGAAAGGAAAGGGAGCCUUUUGUAAUGGUCAAAAACUACAGGUUUCACAACAGGAAGAUAUUACCAAAUCACUUUUGGUGACAGAGUUUGGCUCUUCCAGAACACCAGAGACUGUAAGAACUGUUCUUUCUAAUCUGGAAAAGCUUUUGUGCAUUCCUAUUCAUGGGAUCCGAGGUGUUGGAACAGCAGCUGUUAAUAUGUGCCUUGUGGCAACUGGGGUUGCAGAUGCAUAUUAUGAAAUGGGAAUUCACUGCUGGGAUAUGGCAGGAGCUGGCAUUAUUGUUACUGAAGCUGGUGGAGUACUAAUGGAUGUGACAGGUGGACCAUUUGACUUGAUGUCACGAAGAAUAAUUGCUGCAAAUAGUAAAACAUUAGCAGAAAGGAUAGCCAAAGAAAUUCAGGUGAUACCACUUCAAAGAGAUGAUGAAGAGUAAUUGCAACAGCCUCACAUAUUCAGUCACAGUUGCAUCUCCCCAUAUUUGCUGACACACUGAUGGUAUUAUAAAAUUUAGGACAUUUAUUUCAGAUAAAUAAUAUGGUUGGUUUAAAUGGUCUUUGAUACCCAGAUAUAAAAAUUGCAGUUUGUUGUAUAUUUUACUAAGACUGGGUAUGAAAGAAUAGAUGAAAUAUUUUAAAGAAUUUUAGUGUAGGAGCGUACUUUGGGGAAAAAUACAUGGGUAGUUGAUGAGACAAGGUAUCAAUCACAUCAACUGAAAUAGUUAGCAAUUUAGAGUUUCUGAGUAUAUAUGACCUUCUGAAAUUUUGACCGUGUACACAAGCAUUCUUAAUUAGAGAGGUAACUUUUUGGAAGAAAUUUUCUCUUUAGUUCCCAAAGCCAACUUUAAUUAAAUUUGUAAGAAUAUAAUGGGUACUUCCUUGACUCAGGUUUUUUUUUUCUUUGCAGAGACCCUAGUUUUAUUCAUCAGUGUAUACAUAGCACCUAGCAGAGUAUCUGUCAAAUAUGGGCAAUUCAAAAAUAAGCAUUGAAAGAAUAAAUAUUUUGGAGGUAGCAAGUCCUAGUUAUACAUAAAGUAAUGAGCUCACCACUCUUUAUUUUUACUUUAGGUUUUGACGUAAAAAUGAUCUCAUCAUCGUUUUCAUAUUUUACAUUAUCAUUCCUUUUAACAUUUCUACAUUGCCAUACCAUUUCAACUGCCAUACUACCAGAUAUCAUUUCUAAUUGUGGGCAUUUCUGCAGUUAAUGUAUUUUCUAAGACCCUGCAUUACAGUAUUUGGAUUCUUUUAAAGUCCCUAUGUAAAAAAGAAGCCGUUUCAAAAAAGCAUUCUCAUCAGGUAGCUACUUUUCUACUAUAAUUAGAUACACUAUAAAAUUGUACUAAACUCAGUAUUCAUGUUUUAAAGCUGUUCAUACUGACCUGGUUGUGCACAGGAAACUAAACCUGGCAAAUAUACUGUAUUGUUAAUAUUGAACUUUUUUUUUUUCCCCCCCAAACUCCUUUAAUUUCUUUGCCACCAGAUUCUAUUCAGUCUUAAAGUACUCCUUAAUAGUCUUUGGCUUAUGAAACUCAAAACAAAUUGUUCUGGUUCAUAGAUGCUUUAAAAGGCUAAUUGACUGCUCAGCCUUGUCCCUGGGCACUUGAACAGAGUAUUAAGUUUUGUUAUGGUCUCAUGUGAGCCUUGUAUUGGAUAGAAUGAAAAGUACAUCUGUAAAGUAGGAGGUUAUUUUAUUGUUAUGCACAUCUAAUAUAUUUAAAAAUAUACUAAGAUUUGAGUAUAAUUACUGUAUUUGUACUGUUGGUCAUGUGCAGUAAAAAUACCUUGUACUAUAUUACUCUGUGGUUAAUUUUUCAAUUACAUUUAUUUUAAUUAAGACUGAUGAAUAAAAUUUUAAAUAAGUACAAAUGUUAUUAAAGUUUAUAGUUUAAAG